AUGAAAGGUCAAUGCCAGAUAGAAGCCCCUUGGAGAGGGGGCAGCACCAGACUGCGAGGAUCCAGGUUUCCCUGGUUCCUAGAGGCCAGACUCCCAUCCCAUGGAGGAAGGCAGAAAGCAUGGAGCUCUGGGUCACCCAUCCCAAGAAAGGAGGACACAGCUACUGCCCUCCAACGGCUCGUGGAGCUGACAGCCACCAGGGUGACCCCAGUGAGGAAUCUGCGUGUCCUGUACCGCCUCAUCCGAGAGCUCGGCUCGGGCUCCUAUGGCCGCGUACUCCUUGCCCGGCCUCGCCAAGGAGGUCCCGCUGUGGCUCUGAAGCUUCUUCGUCGGGACUCGGUCCUGAGAACCACCUUCCUGAGAGAGUUCUGUGUGGGCCGCUGUGUCUCAUCACACCCAGGCUUACUGCAGACCCUGGCAGGACCCCUGCAAACCCCCCGACACUUUGCCUUCACCCAGGAGUAUGCGCCUUAUGGGGACCUCAGCGGGAUGCUGAAGGAACGGGGCCUCCCAGAGCUGCUGGUGAAGCGGGUCAUGGCCCAGCUGGCCGGAGCCCUGGACUUCCUCCAUGGCCGGGGGCUGGUCCAUGCAGAUGUCAAACCAGACAAUGUGCUGGUCUUUGACCCCGUCUGCAGCCGUGUGGCCUUAGGUGACUUGGGGCUGACCCGGCCUGAAGGCAGUCCAACCUCGGCCCCACCGGGGCCACUGCCCUCGGCCCCACCCGAGCUCUGCCUUCUGCUGCCACCGGACAGCCUGCCCCUGCGGCCCGCAAUGGACUCCUGGGGCCUGGGGGUGCUUCUCUUCUGCAUUGCCACUGCCUGCUUCCCUUGGGACGUGGCACUAGCCCCUGACCCUGAGUUUGAGGCCUUUGCUGGCUGGAUGACCACCAGGCCCCAACCCCCACAGCCACCCCCACCUUGGGACCAGUUUGCACCCCCAGCCCUGGCAUUGCUCCAGGGGCUCCUAGACCUGGAUCCCGACACUAGGAGCCCCCCACUGGUUGUCCUGGACUUCUUGGGGGAUGACUGGGGGUUAGAGAGGAACAGAGAGGGACCUGGGGGCUUGGGGGGCAUGUCUAGUGAAGAUGGGGAGGAGGAGGAAGAGCGAGGAGCUAGCCUGGAGGAGUGGACGGAUGAAGAAGACGAGGAUGACAAAGAUGGCAAGAGGAUGGGGACAGAUGGGGGAGCUCCCUGACCAGGUCACUGAGACAGGUGGUCAGAGCCUGGGCCAAAGGCCCCUCCCCCAGCACCCCCCCCCCCCCCCGGCCACCUGGAUGGAGACAGCUGCUUCCGGGAGGACAGAGACGGGACACACUGCAUCUCUCCCUGCUGAGCGCUGGACUGGGCUGCACAAUUCCCCUCUCAACUGAGGACCUGGGAGUCCAACACCCAGCCCCUCCUCCCUCAGACUGGGAGUCCAGGCCCCCAGCCCCCUCCUCUCUCAAGGACCCUCCCUCUUCCUUCUGUCCUGAAUGGGUCUUCUCGGAGGAAGGCACCGCUUCCCUAUAGACAUAUUUCUGCAGUGUGGGGACACGCUGAGUGCCUCUCGUGGAUUCUGACGGGGCCGCUCACCCCACGGAGACCUGGUUGACUCUCACCAUCCAUGGUACUACAUCUGAGCUUUCAGGAUCCAACAGCAUGGAAACCUCACCCGCUACGUCUUCCAUUGCCCUGGGCUCCGGGUGACACUGGGGAAGUCACUCAUCCUGUCUGAACCUCAAUCCUUGCACACACACACACACACGCACUUUCCUGCCGCGGGCCCUCUGCACACCCUGAGUCCUCCCCUGAGAACACCUUCCUCACAGCUCGGUGCCUCCAAGCUCCCUCCAGUCUCAUGGGGAACCUACAUCCGGGCGAUCUAGGGCUCGCGUCUUUUUCAGCCUCACCUGUUUGGGCUGCCCGGGACGGACGGACGUGGUUUUUCUCGUUAGGACAUCCUUUCCGUUCUGCUCCCCCCGCCGUGCCAGCUCCCUACCGGCCCGUCCCAGCUCUGUGGGCCGCGGGCUCCGUGCUGACAGCUGAGGCUGGCUGGGAUGAGCUUGCCUCCACCUGGGCCGGCCCGUGCGCCCCACGCCUCUCCAGCGCGCGCCCGGUGCUGAUGCUUCCCACCUGCAGGGCAGGGGCGCGAGCACGAGCGUCGGACGCGUCCCGGUACCCAGCUCAGGCUCAGGAACGGGGAACUGCUCCCCUCUCCCGGGGAAUCCGUCCGGCGUGCUUUCUAGACUCAAAAGAGUGGGUUCACGAAGCGCAGUGGGGUGUCCUGGGUCGGACCCUGGGGCCAGCACAAGGUUGUCGGCGGAAGCACUGCUGAGACAGGCAGGGCCUCGCACCGGACGGAUGAUUUCUUGGUUUGGACAGAUGUGUCCUUGGCUAUUGGCUGCGUGAGAUACCAACCUGGUGGGGAGCUGGGGACGCCCGGCAGCUCUGGGCACAAUGCUUACAGCUGUUCUGGAAAUCUAAAACUGUUCCGAAAUAAAAGGUUUAAAAAAAUUAA